CUACAUCCUCACUCUCAAAGGGAGGCGCCCGUCCGUCUGAGCCGGACAAUUUGUCGUGUGGUCUUUUCACCCCGUGUUUUGCCACAAUAAAUGCUCCACGCUCAGAAAGUGCUGAGAACCCGGGAGCGUUGCCUGGGCGCUCGGGAAUAACUUCGAGUGGCGUAUGGGCCCGCGCUCUCGCAGCGCCAGCAGCUGGCCGAGCUCAUCUAUUAGGAGGUACUUUGGAUUUAUGGAUGCUCAGGCACUCGGUUGAGCUGGAUUCGGGUCUGAAACAAGCGAAGCCAUGCUAGGCAGCGCUCCACCACCUCCAGCAACUCAUGUGAGCUUUGGCGAGAUAACACCAGCCUCACCAGAUGAACAGAGGUAUAAGCCCAGCGGCCGGGUCGCUGGCGUGCCGGCUGCGGUGCAGCAACCGGCGCUGGCCCCGGGUCCCCGGGCCGCGGCACCGACACCAGCACCACUCCCCGCGCCUCGGGCCGCACCGCGGCGGCAGCCUUCGGAGGUCAGCACCGACAGCGACGUGGACGACGAUCCCCUGCAUCCUACUGCUUACAUUCCUCUGCGACGCGUGAAGCGCCAGUACUCACGAAGCUCCGUGGACGGGGAGGACGACGAGGACGACGAAGACGACCCCUACUCGCCACACUCAGGCACCUCGCAUAGCCGCGGCACCAGCUACACCAGUGCAGUCGGCUAUGGCCGGACCUACGCGCGCAACCUGGGUGAGACUAUGGUGGGCCGCUCGGGCGACUCAGCGCUCUGGCCCAGUGGCGCUGGAUUCACCUACAGCACUGACCUCGUGGACAUGACGGCGGCGGCGGCAGCAGCUGGGCAUCAUGGUGCCGACCCACAUGGCGGCUUUGAAUCGCUGACAGUCAACGCUGACGGGACGAUGGCAGCAAGGGCGGAGCACGCGCGCGGCGCGGCCUACGGGCACCGCAGCGUGCGCGGCCGGAGCGGCCGCAAACAGCAGCCGCCCUCGUCGUCCAGCAGUAGCAGCAGCAGUAGCGAGGGCGGCAGUAGCAGUGACUCGGACCGGGAUGAUCCGUUUGUAGUGGCCAUGCGCAAGCGGCUGCGGCGCGACCAGCGGCGGCGCUGGGGAAUAAGCAGCAAAAAGGCCAGCAGGCAGGCCAGCAAGGCAGCGUCCAGUGCGAACCUGCCAGCAGCGGCAGCAGCAGGAGCGGCCCCGGCGCCGCCGUCACGGCUGAAGCAGCUCUCGGGCGUGGGGGCUGAUGAACCGCCAGCAGCGGCGUCAGCAGCUGCUGCGCCCGCGGUCGCGCACUUACCGGCUGAGUCUUUGGCGUAUGGGGCGGACGCUCAGGCCGCGAAUGCGGCUAUGGCAGCAGGAGAUGAGUACGAGGACGAUGAGCACGAGGGCCUGGAGUUAGACCCGCAGGCGGCAACCACUGGCCUCGGCGAAACGUCUUCGUCGUCCUCCAGCUCGUCCGAGGACGAGGGCGAGCAGGGUGCUGGGCUGGCCCUCGCGGCGGACGACAGCCGCGCUGCGCCCACUGUCCCUGAGCCGGGGGCGGCGGGCGGGCCGGAGGCGGGGCCUGGGCCGGAGGCGGAGCAUAAGUCGGGGCCGGAGACAGACCGUGAGCCGGAGGCUGCGCCGGAGCCAGAGGCGGAGCCUGGACCGGAGGCGGGGCCUGAGCCGGAGGCACAUGGGGAGCCGGAGGCGGAGCGUCAGCCGGAGGUUGGGCAUGAGCCGGAGGCACAGGAGCAGGCAGAGCCGCAAGCAGACGUAGAGGCAAGCCCGAAGACAGAGGCGACGCGGGCUGCAGAGCCGGAGCUGGAGCAGCGAGAGGGGGACGGCAGCGAGCCGCGGGCGGCACCCUCCAGCUCAGGAGCUGCAGCACUCGCAGAGGCAGCCGGACCGGAUGCACGGGCCGACUCCACGCAGCUGGCGGAGCCGGUGGCAGCCUCGGAGCAGCCUCGGCCCUUGCAGCAAGCAGCGGAAGAUGUGCCAGCGGUGGUGAAAGCAGCCUCAGCCCUUGCAGCUGUAUCAGAAACACAGGCGGAGGCGGCAUCAAUUGCGGUGCAAGGCGAGCCGGACGCCGAGGACGCGCCAGCGAUUGAACAGCCGUACGCCUCGUCACGCCCCGCGGAACCCGAUGCCCGGGCGGCGGCGGCACAGCCAGACGCGCUGGAGGCUGGGGCGGAUGACGCGGAGCAGGUGGAUGGGGCAGGAGCAGCAGAAGUAGCGGGGGCGGCGGAUGCGCCAGAGGCACAUUCUGGUGCGGGGGCGGCGGCAGCGACCGAUCCUGCAGCAGCACCCGCAACAGAGCCGCUGCGGGCGCCUGCCGCCGAGCCGCCCGUCGCCGAGCCAUCCGGCGCGCAGGCUGCAGUUGGGCCUUCGCCGACAGCGGCAGUAGCGACACCCGCUGUCAGGCCCGCAGAGCCAGAGCCUGCGUCAGAGCAGAGGCAGGAGCCUCAGCAGGAAGCAAGCACUACAGCAGCCGCUAUGCUAAGAGCAGAGCCUUCCAACCGCUCGAGCCCUGAGCCAGAGCCGGAUGCGUCAGCGCAUCAAGCAAAUGAGCAAGAGCAGGAGGAGGAGCCCGCAACGACCAGCCGGCACAGGGAAAGUGACGCGUCUGGUGGGCAAUACCGCAUGGUGACCGUCAGCCAGACCGGGGGGGUUCCGGUGGCCAAGCAGGAGCAGUCGGAGCCGGAGCCGCCGGAGCUGGGGCCGUCCAGUGCGCCACCGGCGCCAGGUGACGAGGCUCUCGUGCGACAGCUGCAAGCUGCGCAGCCGCAGCCGCAGCCCCAGACGCAGCAGGCGCAAGUAGAUGUAGAGCUGGAGCCAGAGGUGCAGCCGAGCCGGUCGCAGCGGGCCGAGGUCGAGGCUGGGGCGCAGGCGGAGCCGGAGACGGAGACGGAGACGGAGCCGGAGGCACAUGAAGCUGAAGCGAUGGGUGCGCUAGUAUCGCACACGGUGACUGCGGAAGAGACACCAGCAGAUGCGGACCCAAGCGGGCCCUCCACAACGGCAGAGGACGCGCUACCGAGGCCGGAGCCAUCAGCAGUGGCUCCAGAGCCUGCGCCAGGCGUUGCAGCGCACGACGACCCGGAUGGGGAAGAGGCUGGUGUGGCAGGCACUGCAGGUGGUGCGGCGGCUGCGUGUGAGGAUGAGGGCGCUGAGAGUGACGAGGUAGCAGAGGCGGGGCCUACACGCGAGCCAGUGCUCUGUGCGCCCGCGGACGACGAGGGGACGGAGGCGUCGGAGGGGCCCGGUACAGAGCCCGGUUCCGCUGCAUCAGGGGAGCCGCUCUUGACAGGGGCGGAGCCCGAACCUGAUGCCCGUGCUGCGCCUGAGCCAGCGCCGGAGGCGGAGGCGGAGGUGCAACCCGAGGAGGCAGCGAAGCCAGAGGCGGCCGCGAAGGCCGCUCCCACGCCAGCGGCAGCACCGGCGGCAGGAACAGCGGCAGCCUCAGCGGCAGCAUGCACAGCUGAGGAGGCGGUUGCUAAGCCACGGGCGGAGCCGGAGGCUGAGGCCGCACCGGCAGCGGAUGAUGCGGCGGCUGAGCCAGCGGACGCGGCGCCGAUGGUGAUGGCCGGCAGCGCGGCUGCCGCCGUCAAGGUCAUGCGCCGCUCCUCGUCAGGCGUUGCAUUGGCAGAAACCAACUCGUCCAGUUCACUGCCGCCGAAGCCCAGCCCUACCAAGGAGCUGCCACCGAAGCUGCAUCGCACUGCGUCGAAGCCGAAGGAGGAGUCGGCAUCGCCGCCGGCGCCGUCGAGGCCGCCCGCGUCAAGGCAGACAUCUACGGCCUCAGCAGCGGGGAGCAGCAGCGGCAAAGCAGCUGCCACUGCAGGCUCUCAGUCUCACAGCCGCACGCCCAGUGUCUCUGGCAAGCCGCUGCCCCCGCCAGUGAUACCGCCAGCGCCGCCGGCCGGUGCCCCCACUGGCGCACCCUCGCCGCGUGGUGCGGGCCGCCGCAGCUCCCUGUCCACCACGCCAUCCAGCACCCCCACGGCUGCGCCUGCUGCAGCCGCGCCCAAACCGGCACCAGCGACUGCCCCAUCUCCUCCGCCAGCACCAGCGCCGGCGCCGGUACCGCCUGCGCCGGUGGCUGUGAAAGCGUCCCCGGUGAAACCCAUGCCCGCUGUACCGCUGACGGCACCCAAGGCCAGCACAACGCAGGCAUCGGCACCGAAGCCUGCAGCCUCUCCGGCGCCGGCAAGUCGCGCACCGGCACCGGCAGACACGCCCGUGCCUGCAGGUCCUCGAUCACCGUCAACGGCGUCCCCGUCCCGUCGCGCUAGCACCACCGCUGCCGAUAGACCGGAGCCGACGGCCGGCAUGGCACGGACCGUCAGCCGGCCGUUGGAUGGGGGCGGCGCCGGCAGUCCGGCGGCAGCGCAGAAGCCGCUAAGGUCGGAAAGCCCCAAGCCCAAGCCGCAGGCGCAGGCGCGCAGGGCACAGCCCGCUAGCAAGCAGGUGUCGCCGGCCGCGCCGGCAGCGCAGGCAGCGCCCGCGCCCGCAGCACCUAGCUCGGCUCUGCAGCGUGUGACGCAGCGGCCGUCGGAAACGUCGGCGCAGCUGCAGCAGAAGCAGCUUCCGCGGCCUGCCCGCGUCAGUGGCUCCAGCGGCGCGGCCAUGACGCCUUCCUCCCUUGCCCCGCCGCCCGCGACGCCGCCGCCAGCGCCCGCCGCCAGCAGCGCAUCGCCGCGCACCCCGCAAGAGCCGGUCAGCGCGCAGCCGCGCUACGUGUCUGGCACGCAGCUGCAGCCGUCCUUCACGCAGACAUCUCCGCAGCCCGCAGCGGUAUCGCCGAGCGCCAAUCUAUACGUCUCACCCUUCACGCCCAACGGCGCCGGUGCUAGCAUCAAGUCCCCACCCGCCGCCGCCGGGACCCCGCACAGUGGCGGCCUUGCCGGCGCUCGCCCCAGCGCCCUUCGGCCGCUGUCUGCAACCUCCUCCAUCUCAUCCCUCAACAGUGCCGGCACGGUCGGCGCUGGCGCGAUUGGCAGCCCCAGCACCCCGGGAGCCGGCGGCUCUGGCAGCGGCGCGGUGCGGCGCUACCCGAACGGCCUGCCGACGCGGCAGCUGUCCUCAGGGCCGCCGCCGGGCCUGCCGCUGCUCAGCGAUCUGGCGCGGCGCUACCCGAUGCGUCCGACGCGGUCGGGCGGCAGCGGCCCCAUCGUCGCCCUCGUGGGCGGACAGCUGAUGGUCAGCGAGAAGCUGUUCAACGAGGCGGCGGCGGCCAACAGCGCCGCCGGCGCUGGGGACCGGGGCUUCAACCGGGCCGGGCGGGCAACGUACGGCGGCGCCGGCGGCAUGGGCGUCCCUUCGUUGGGUUCGCUGGGGCCGCCCGGCGUGCCGAGGCGGCCGCUUAGUGCCCGAGAGGGGCCGGGCGGGCUGGGCCAGGGCGCCGAGCACGGCAUCGGCAGCGGAGGCCGCUUGAGCACAGGUGGCAACGGAGUCCCGCUGGUGGAUGGUUGCGUGCCUGCCCACGAGCUCUCGCAUCCGGCGGCCGUGGGCAGCUACCUGCAGCAGCGCCGGGCGGAAAAGGAGCUGCGCGCUGCGCAGAUGGCGGCGACGACGGCGGCGGCGGCCAACGGUGGCAGCGCCGUACACCACGACGCCGCGCUUCGCGCCUGGGGCUCCAGGGCGGCCUCUAGCGACGGCGACGGUGCACUGGUCGCGAAUGGCAGCGGCAGCCUGCCAGCGCUGACGCCGACCGGCAGCGGCAAGGGCUGGGGCCGCGGCUCGGUGGUUGCGCCGCGCGCCAGCGGUGCUGCCGCUCGCGAGGAUGACGGCGUGCCUCUGGAGGGCGAGUGGCUGGGCCGCCACUCGGGCAACAUCCGGGGCCCAACCUCGGAGGGUGACGGACUUGAGGAAGAGGUGCUGGAGGAGCAGAGCGGCCGCGUGUCUCCCUACAGCCAGCAGCAGCACCACAUGGCGCGGCGCGGGGCUGGCGGCCUUGGCCCCGGCGGCAGCCGCUUCCGGCAGCCGGUGCUGGGGGCGGCGUCACCGCAAGGCCGGGGCUGGGUUGCUUAGCUGAUAGAGGUUACAUGUGGGACGACAGCCGUGGACUAAGCUGGGUGGCGGACGGACCCAGGAGUGAGGCGCGGGUAGAUGGCUAGCGUGUGGUCAAGGCAGGUUGUUGCAGGAAGGCGGUACAGCAUCUGAUUGACGUCACUUUCAGACGAAGGCAUUUGGACCAUACAGACAUGACUCGGGAAUGUGUACCGUACUUAAGACACGCACAUAAUAUGGAUAUGAGACGGCAGGAUGGUCAGAACUGGACGGAGAUGGGGGAGCGCAUGGACAUGGCUGGGCCGGACCCUGCAUUACUGCAUGCUGUGCUUUCCAAAAGCUUACCGGAAUGGGACGGGGCACGGGACAGGAGCUGCGGAUUCAGAUGGGCGUGUAGUGGAGCGCACAGCACAUUACCGUGAUUAAAGACAUGACCUUGAGGCCGCUGUGCGCAUUGCCCAAGCAAUACAGGCCCCUGCAGUUACGGUAGGUCAGGAAUAGGUCGGGUUCAGUUGGUGAGGGUAGUGCUUCGGCCCUGAGGCGCAAGGGAUGGGCUGGCCUUGUCAGAGGCAGCGUGUGCGCGCAUAGCGCGUCUGUGCUUAGGGUGGUCUGUGCUUAGUGCUGGCAGUUAGUGCUGGCAGGACGGGGAGGUGAACAUGCACUGUGGCGUGGAUGGUGGCGGUGACGGCGGUUCCACUCAGGUGGCCGGCGCCACCUUCUGUGUGUGUUCGAGCCGAGUCGGUCAAGUGGCGAAGUGACGCAAUGGGGCAGGGGUACGAACAUCGCGGGCUCGCGCCGCAAGAGACCUGCACUUGACGAAGCCCUGCUUAUUAUCGCCAAA